AAAUAAAAAUUCUUAACCACAAAUUAUAUAUAGGUUAUAAUUUGUAAUUGAAAUACGUCUCGGUCAAAUGUGAAUAUUAUUUAAAAAUUAUCGUGAAAAUGGUGAAUAUAAUAUUAGCUGGAUUAGGACUGGCAGCUGUAGGAUUUGCUGGUAAAUACGCAUUGAGGCAAAUACCAAAUGCCGCUAAAACUUUUAACGAAGCAAUGAAGAAUCUUCCGAAAUUUGAUUCGACUACAGUGGCAAAUUCUAAAUAUUAUAAAGGAGGGUUCGACCAAAAAAUGAAUAGGAGAGAAGCAGCAUUGAUAUUAGGAAUUUCACCGAGUGCGAAUAAGGCAAAAAUUAAAGAAGCCUUUAAAAGAGUGAUGGCUGUUAAUCAUCCAGACAGAGGUGGAUCUCCAUAUAUUGCGUCGAAAAUAAACGAGGCGAAGGAUUUUUUAGAAAAACAUUCUAGGAAUUGAAAUAGUUUAAUGAAUUGUACAUAUAUAUAUAUAAAAAAAAGUCUUAACAAUAAAUUACGUGAUAUAGACUAGAGUAGUGUGCGUGAAAUAUUUGAAAAAAUUCAAUUCUUUAUUUGUUUAAUCCUAUAUUUUGUUCUUAAUCUAGAAAUAGUGGAAUUCGAUAAAUUUCCAGAAAGUUUAAAUACUUCCUAAAACAAAACAUAAAACUAUAUAAAUCGAUCUGUUCCUUUCGCUCCAUGUGGAAAUUGUUCCAUGCGUAGAACUGUCAAAUGUCAAAAACAAAGAUGCGUUGGUGAGGUUAGGUACUACAAAGUCGAAAAGAAUGAAACUAUGACUUCAUACAGCAAAAUAUUUCCAAUUUUAAUUAUAUUGACACAACAUAGAAGAUUAUAUUGAUAUUUAGUAGUACUUCCUUUCGGUUUAUGUGAAAAUUGUUCUAUGCGCAGAACUGUCACUGUCAAAUGUCAAAAACAAAGGUGCGUUUGUAAGGUUAUAGGUUACUAAGUCUAUGAAAAAGUGUAAUUAUGACGUCAUACACUCCGAUCGUGAUUAGAACAGUCUGUAAGAAAACUUUUCAGCUAAUGAGAAAAUAAAAAAUUAUCAGCUUGUUAAUUGUGUUUAAUUUUUCAUCCUAAACAUAUAUCAGAAAUAAUUUGAAAUCGAUUAUCAAUUUCUAAGAGAAAAAAAGAAUUGGAAGGAAUCGAUUAUCAAUUGCUAAAGAAUCGGAAUGAAUUCAAAUCGAUUAUUCAUUUCAUAGACAAAAAAUCGUUUCAAAAAGUAUUGCGUCACUCGACUUGACAGCAGUAUAUUUCUAUGAUCCAGAGUAAUACAGAAAUUUGAAAAAAGUGGAAGAAUGAGGUUAUGUUUUAUUUAAUAUCAACGAAAUACAGCAAAAAUCGAUUCUUUAUUCGGAUUUGUAAAGAAUUUGUUUUUAUUUUCGAAAUUUUUAUUCAUUUAAUCAUUCCCUAUGGAAGAAAUAACUUAUCAACAAUUUUAUAUCGUGUUUUGGGGGUUAUUUUACUCAAAAUCAAUAAAAACAUACAUUUAAACAAUUUGUUUGUCAUAUUUCAAGUUUUGCCACUAAAAGUCACCUGUCAAAAUUAUGAGUAUGUGAGGUUAGGUUAUAACAAGUCUAUUGUAGAAUGAGGUUAUGUUUUGUACAAUA